UUAGACAUUGCAUUUCUUAAAUGACAUUAAUAAACUGCUGUUCAACACAUGUGCACAUAAGACUGAAAUUUUCAAUUUCUGCAAAAAUGGUGUUUUCUAUAAAACUUCUAAUAUGUGUGCUAGCUUCAAUGUUAAUACAUAUCCUGUGUGAGCCCAGACAAUCGAAAUUUACACAAGCUUGCUUAAAAUGGGCAGAAGAUAGCCUACUAACUACAACGAUGGGACAAAAAAUCGACGAAUUAGAAUUCCUUUCCACAGCGGCUCUUUUUGUCCUCAAUAAGAGUAUGUUUACACCAGUAAAGUUCGCAUGCACUGCGGUACUAAUUUCUCAUAAGAAAUUGAUAACAUCAGGUCAUUGCGUGUCCGACCCAAUCGAAAAAAUUCCAUUAUUCAUUCGAUUUACGAAGGAUUACACAGAUGAAAAAGACUUUAAAGACUAUUACGUAAAGAAUUUUACACUGCACCCGAGAUAUAACAAUGGAAUAGAUUUGGCUAUCUUGGAACUUGAGGAUGUCGUAGAGUUCACGCCAAAAAUAAGACCUGCAUGCUUGCUAGGGGCGGACCUUAAUUACGACUAUUCGCAAUUUGAAAUUGCAUUUGCUGGAUUCGGUGUUGGUUAUUUUCAUGAGGAUGGAAUAAAAUCAGAAGGAGUUGAAAACAAGGAAUAUGCAUUCAUAAACGGUCCAUUGCGGAAGAUAUCAAUGAAAAAAGUUGCAGAUGCGUCAAUAUCAAAAGAUAUACAAGGUGUAUAUGAUGUAUUUACGUGGGCUAACUCUAAUCUUGAGGGUAUGGUUUGCGCUGGUGACUCCGGCGGCGCUGUUCAAGUUGAAUAUUUUGGCGGCCUAAAUAUGGUACUUGGCAUCGCAAAGGCAGGUAAUACUAAAGAACUUUGUUCAAUGCAGACAGCUUUUAUAAACGUGACAAAAGAACAAAAGUGGAUUGAAUCAAUAGCAUUUAAUGAUUUUUAACAGAAUUAAGCUUAUUACCUUUCAUAAAUAUUUCACUGAAUAAUCCGAUAAAAAAUACAAACUUUCUUUUAGUUUAUAGUUUUACCAAUUAAAUAUCAAACUGUCAAAACUUUGCAAACAUAUAUAUAUGAAAACAAAAUAAAAAAGAGAAAAUAGAA